CGAUCUGGUUGGAAACGAUAUUUGCGUUACAACUAAAAAAUCAAAGGAACCGCACAAACAGCCCAAAGAAUCGGACCUGCAAAUAUUACAAAAUUUAAUCUGGAACUUUUCAUUCUCUUACUAGAAAAAAAUCCUUCAGAACAAAAAAAAAUGGUUAAUAAAAGGAUGAAUGUUCUAAUUUAUUAUUUGGCCGGAGAUUUGUCAAACGAAAGUUAUAUGAGAUUCCUUGGUCAUAUCAAAGUACAAAAAGAAGAUUUUUCAAUUACUAUGUCAACGUUGAAAUUCGGAAACGUCUUGAAAAUGCUACAUCCAAAAAAACACACUGUUCAAGCCGGAAUUAAUGAGGAAUUCAAGUUGACCUGGCUACAAAACAAAUUAGAGUCUAUUAAAAAUGGGGAACACCUUGAUUCGGCCCUUCUUGCUCAAGCUUGGGAGAAAAGAAUAGGCCCCGAAAAGAAAACAUCAUUUAUAUCGUAUAGUUGA